CAUGCAAACACAAAGAAAGCCCAGAUCCCAUUACCGUCAGUUCUUAGGCCUUUGAUUCGCAUCAAAAAGCAAUCCCUACAGUGUUUUUUGUUGUCUGUUUGUAUUGUUUGUUCUGAGCUUUCGUAUAUUGUAAAAAAAAGUGUGCCGGAGUGAUUGUAUAUAAAAAAAAUUUAUUUGAAAUUCUCGUUUAUGAUCGAAUCUGAAGAAAAGGGUAUUUGAGAUAUCUCGAUUUGGUGGUAGAAUUGUGGAAGGUAUUUGGGUUGUAAGAUGCGGCGGCGGGCCACCGAUUACCGGCGCCCGGUUCGAAGGAGGUUUUCGCAUUGGAUCUAUGCGUUGCUUGGGCUGUUCGUUGUCGCUGUAUUGGUUUUAUUUGUAGUUCAUCACAAUCAUAAUGAAGAUCGGGUGGAGCAUCCUGUUCAUGAGGAAGAUUCAAGAAUGGAGCGGGAUGUUCAUGAGAAGUUAAACUUUACCGAAGAAAUAUUGAGUGCUACGUCAUUGUCUCGGCAGUUGGCAGAACAAAUGACACUUGCCAAAGCUUAUGUCAUAAUUGCAAAAGAGCACAAUAACUUCUACCUUGCCUGGGAGCUAACCUCGAUGAUUCGGAGUUGCCAGCUUUUGCUUUCAAAAGCUGCAAUGAGAGGGAGGCCCAUUACACUAGAGGAAGCAGAGCCGAUAAUUAGCCGUCUAUCGUCUCUAAUAUAUAAGGCACAAGAUGCUCAUUAUGACAUUGCAACUACGAUAGUGACAAUGAAAUCUCAUAUUCAAGCCCUUGAAGAACGAGCCAAUGCUGCAACUGCUCAGAGUACGGUUUUUGGACAAUUAGUUGCUGAGGCAUUUCCUAAGAGUCUUCACUGCCUAAUUCUCAAGCUUUCCGCUGAUUGGCUUAAAAGGUUGCCCUUUCAAGACCUCGCAAAUGAGCGGAGAAACUCUCCUCGACUCGUGGACAACAAUCUUUAUCAUUUCUGCGUAUUUUCGGACAAUGUCCUUGCUACCUCAGUUGUCGUCAAUUCUACGAUUUCCAAUGCCGAUCAUUCUAAACAGAUGGUUUUCCACAUUAUCACUAAUUGGGUUACCUAUGGAGCUAUGCAAGCUUGGUUCCUUAGUAAUGACUUCAAGGGGGCCAUGAUAGAGGUGCAGAACAUCGAGGAGUUUGCUUGGUUGAAUGUUUCUUAUGCUCCCAUUGUAAAGCAGCUACUUGAUGCAGAUUCUCGGACCUAUUAUUUUGGGGAAAAUCCAGAUGUUGAGCCGAGAUUGCGGAACCCUAAAUAUAUUGCCUUGUUGAAUCACCUUCGGUUUUACAUACCAGAGAUCUAUCCACAACUUGAGAAAAUAGUAUUCCUCGAUGAUGAUGUUGUUGUGCAGAAGGAUCUAACGCCGCUUUUCUCAUUGGAUUUGCAUGGGAAUGUAAACGGGGUGGUGGAGACUUGUCUUGAAGCAUAUCAUCGUUAUUACAAGUAUCUGAAUUUCUCAAAUCCGAUCAUCAGCUCAAAAUUUGAUCCACAAGCAUGUGGAUGGGCAUUUGGCAUGAAUGUUUUCGAUCUAGUUGCCUGGAGGAAAGCGAACGUCACUGCAAGAUACCAUUACUGGCAGGAGCAAAACGCCAAUAAGACACUCUGGAAACUCGGAACUCUUCCAGUCGGUCUUUUAGCUUUUUAUGGGCUGACAGAACCACUUGAUCGGAGAUGGCAUGUGUUAGGAUUAGGUUACGAUCUUAACAUUGACAACCGCCUGAUCGAGAGCGCAGCAGUCAUUCACUUCAAUGGGAACAUGAAGCCAUGGCUAAAACUGGCAAUCGGAAGGUAUAAGCAUCUAUGGGAUAGGUACAUAAAUCUUAGCCACCCAUAUAUCCAAGGUUGCGCCACAAGUUAGGAAAAAACAUGCUCGUUUUUGGUUCCGCUUGUAGUUUAUGCGACCUCCGACGAUAUGAACCCAUUGAAAGGCCAAUCGCGGCAAGGGCGGUGGUGGAAUUUUUUGACAUUGUUAGGAGAUUUGACAUAUCUUUUUUGUUGUUCAUCACAGUAUGUUGAAAGGAUAAAAGGAAUGAUUUUCUUAUGCAUCAGAAAGGUGAAAGAUUUGUGGGAAAAUUCAUUUUUGGUUGAUGGGGUCUUGUUUGAUCUCCUCAAGCAAGAAAAUUUUCAGAAAUUUAUUAUUAUUUUUUUUUACAAAUUAUUGUAAUAAUCUAUUUGAUCUUCUUUGGAC